AUGGACUGGUUAAGUGAGAAUCACACUCUUAUAGAUUGUGAGGAUCGGAUGGUGAAUCUCAAACUCCCGUUAGGGGAGAGCUUUACGUACAAGGGAACCAAUUCUAAGAAAACCACAAGUGUCAUCACAACGUUAAAGGCUAGGAAGAUGAUUCGCAGUGGUCCAUGCACAUUCUUAGCCAGUGUGACAGACUGCAGUAACGAGCAAACAGUCUCUUCACUGUACAUCAUCAGGGAAUUCAAAGAAGUUUUUCAGAAGGGAAAUCGUUUCAUGCCUUACCACAUGGGUAGGGUCUGGCAUGUACUUUCGCAAUAUGGACAAGUGGAACACAAUGUGCACAACGGCGAGGCAUUAAGUAGGGCAUGGAGGGAAGCUUGUCGACAUAACGGAGGUGGUGUAGUUUUAGUACCUGAAGGGAGGUUUCUGGUUUUGCCGUUGGUGCUUGAAGGUCCAUGUAAAGGAUCCAUUGGUCUGAAUAUUAAAGGUGAAUUGUUGGCUCCAACUAUGAAACUUUUUAAUGUCAACACGGCGAGAAUUGCAAAGAUAACAUCGUCCAAUAGCAAGUUGUUCCAUUUUGCUGUGCAUGGAUGUCGUAAUGUCACGUUUGAUCACGUUACAGUGAUAGCUCCAGCAGACAGCCCCAAUACAGAUGGAAUUCACGUUUCAAACUCAAGUGGUGUCAACAUUAUGCAUUCAAUGAUUGGCACUGGAGACGAUUGCAUCUCUCUUGACCAUGGAAGUAAAUUCAUCAACAUAACAGACGUCCAGUGUGGUCCAGGUCAUGGAAUUAGCAUCGGUAGCCUCGGGAAGUACCCAAAUGAAGAAGAUGUCUCUGAAGUCACAGUGAGAAACUCCACAUUUGUUGGCACGACUAACGGUGUGAGGAUCAAAACAUGGUCAUCUUCAUUUUCUAGCGUGGUUAGCAAGAUCACUUUUAUCAAUCUCCAAAUGAAAGACGUAAAAAAUCCUAUCAUCAUUGAUCAAAAAUAUUGUCUUGACUGUGACAAACAUAAAAUGAGUAACUCAAAAGUGCAGAUUCAAGAUGUGAGAUAUGAAGAUAUAUGGGGGACUUCAGCAACCCAAGUAGCAGUAAAUUUUGAAUGCAGCCAAGUUUUUCCAUGCCAAGGCAUACUGUUGCAAGACAUUAACCUCACCUUCAAUGGUGGUGGCCAACCAACUUCUAUUUGUCACAAUGUGAAGGGCUCUGCUUUUGGCAAACAACUUCCUUUCUCUUGCCUUUAA